GUUUAACCUCAAAUUUUGUUAUAAUUAUUCAGUGAAGUUUAUAGCCAGUGGCAAUUUUCUGCACUGAAAAAGUAAACUUAAAAAUGGCCGACGAUACACUAUCCGAUUUAUCUUUUUCUGAAAUUCCAAAAUUAAAGGUGCCGGAUUUGAAAAAGGAGCUUAAACUGCGUGGUUUAAGUACAACGGGCAACAAGAAUGAACUGGUCGAACGACUUCAGGCUGCUAUUAAAUCCAGUGAUGCUAUCAGUGCAGACUCUGUUGAUGACUUAGAUGAAGAUUUGCUCAAUGAUGACGAUGAUGAACAUUUAGGGACAGAUAUAGUCGUGGAGGAGGAAGAUCAUGCAUUAGAUGAUAUACCAACCAAGCCACUGAAACGAAAAAUUUCUGAAAGUGAAACUAACAAAACUGAAAAAACUCCACCUAAAAAGGUUAUAUUAAAUAGAAAUAUUACUUCUCAAGUAGAUAGUAAUGAGAAACCAACAAGUGAAGAAAAGAAAGAGAAUGUUAACGAAAAUAAAACUGAAGAAAAGAAAAUUAUUAAACUGUCUGAAUUAAGUGCAAAAGAGCGACUAGAAAUGAGGGCUAAAAAAUUUGGAGCUCCUGUUGGUGAUGAUCUGAAAAAAGCAGCCAGGGCUGAACGCUUUGGUAAUGCAACAAAUGGAAAUAGCAAUAGUGCUAUAAAAACAACAGUGAACACAAGUAUAGAUGUUUUGAAACAACGUGCAGAGAGAUUUGGAGGAUCAGUUUCAACAAUAAUGUCUAAAGUGGAAAACCAAGAAAAAUUAGAAAAACGAAAGGCGAGAUUUGGAGCAGUUGCAAAUAGCAAUGGUUCAUUAUCUGACAGUGAUAAAGCUAAACAGAGACUUGAACGAUUCAAGCAGCCUCUCAAAUAGUUUACAAUGAAUGUACAAAAGUUUAUGUCUAGAUUAAGUUUUAAAUUUUAGGUUCUGUUUAUAAAUUUUUUACGGAAUUUGUAACUUAUUAAUGAAAUUUACUAGUUCUAAACUUAAUUUCUUAGUUUUAUUUUGUUAACAUUUUAUCUAAAAUAAAUGGUUUGAUAAAAUAAACAAAUUUUGAUUUGUUUUGUUA